AUGCGGAAGUCCUCCCAAGGAGGUGGAACUUCGGUUCUACUGACUAAUGAAGAAAAUGUUAUAUUAAAUUCAUUAUUCGGAGCUGGAUGUGAUGCGUUAGCUUCAGCUGUGGUACGAUAUUACAAAGGCGAAAAUGAAUCAAAUUGGGUGUUUAAAGCUUGUGGAGUUGCUUGUUGCAUAAAAGACAGAAACUAUAAAGACUACUUCAUCAGAAUGUAUGACAUAAUUAGGAAAAUCCUUAUCUUUGAACAAAGACUUUUUUUGGAAAUGGAUUAUACUGAACAACUUAAACAUUUUCAUGUAUUGCAAUCAGACAGUGGACCAGUCGGAAUCGCUUUUGCAUCUCUUGAGGAAGCUAAAUAUUUUGCAUAUGUGGUAAAUGGUCGUUUAAAGUCUAUACGGUCAGCGUGUGGCGAUAAACAUCCACCUACUCUUCAAAAUUUCGGUUCUCAACCAGUAAUACAAGCUGGUAUCUGUGGUUUAAAUCAGAUGAAGUUAUCUGAUCAAACAGUUAUGCUGAAAAGAGGCAAAAGUCAGUCUAAAGGAAAAAAGCAGAAGCUCACUUCCAAAGAUAUCAGUAAUCCAUCAAACUUUCGUCAUGUUGAACAUUUUGGUUAUGAUAAAAUAGCCAAGACGAUUGAUAUAACCCAUCAAGAGAGUGCAAUUAUGCGCAAUUUAUUACGUGCUAUUGGGUGUGAAGAUGCUAUGAAUAAUCCAAGUGAACGAAGAUUUGUCUACAAUUUUGCACUUGAACAUGGAGGAUUAGAAGAAAUACAGCGGAAAAUAAAUAGUUCUCAGGGUGGCAGCCGUAAUCUGCCAAGUGCUCCAGCACCUCCUCCAAGACCACCACCUCCCCCGCCGCCUCCUGGAGCUCGACGGCCUCAACCAGCUCCCGUUGCACCCGGCCCACCAUUAACUAUACAUCAUCCACCUCCACCUCCUGUUCCUCAGGUAGCACCGAAACCAGUUGCACCACCACCGCCUACUUUACCGGCACCUCCGCUCUAUGAGAUACCUGCUCCUCCUCCACCUCCACCUGCUAUCUCUAACUCUAUACCUGCUCCUCCUCCACCUCCACCUGCUUUCUCUAGCUCUAUACCUGCUCCUCCUCCUCCCCCACCAACACCAUCAUCAUCUGCGCCUGCUGGAUCUGGAAAAGAUAAUUCAUCGAAUACAGCUGCCGCAAAACCAGUAGUUGGUUUGACUGUCGAUCUUCAAUCUGAAAUCAUGUCCUUUCAAAAGAGUAAUUUACGCAAAAUUACUCCUGGUGAAGGUGUGAAUAAACCAUCAGUAAAACCUGCUAGCGGCAGCGGAGGACAAGUAGGCGGUGGUAGUAGUGGUGUUGGAGGCAGCGCUGGUUCCGGAUUCGAUCUUCUCCAGUCACUUGCUCAAGCCAUGGAAAUGCGACGUAAUCGAAUGUGCAGUAAUGACAGUGGAGAAGAAUCUGAUGAGAAUUCUGCACCAGGUGAUGUUGGAUCAGACGAUGACUGGGAAACGUAGGUGAAGCAGAUAUGUGUUGGUUCGACGGAAUGUGUUUAUUAAUCCCGGGAUUAUAUUGCUUUAGUCUGUGCACGCAUAGACUUUCAGUUAUCUAAUAGUUUCGCUGUUUCGACUUAGAAUCAGCUGUCAAUUUCAGUAGAGGCAUAAUAUUUAUCCUCUUCGUUUUGUUCAUAAACACAGACAAACAGUCGACACCAUCAGUAUCUUACAUUACACAUCAUUUAUAGUUGUAAUUUGUAUGUCUACCUGCACACAAAUGGAUUGCUCAUCUUUUGAUUUUCCCUCUUUGCACUAUUUUCUUUCACCGUCAUCACUACAAGUCAAUCAAAAGUGCCUUCUUUUUUGGGUCUUAUACUGCUCUAAUUUGAUCAAAAAUCAUGCAUAUCUCUCACUCCUUCUGUUUGUGUUUUAUGUUGAAAAAUAAUUUUGUAGUAG